CGUCAAACCGACGUCGCCGAGGUUCCUUCAGCCUUGGGAAGCUAGCCAGACCAUCUUUCGUAGCGACCUUUGUUUGACAGAUCCCGGAAACUUCUAGAGCAGUGGCCUUCAGUUUGACAGUUCCUGAAGUACAACACAAUAGUCGUGAAUCGGACACAAAAGUACUUUGUUUAUAGAGUUACUAAGCAGCAUUUCUGCAUUUUACCUGCGCUUUAUUCACGGACCUGAAUCACUUCAAAACCAGACAUUCCGAACCUUCGUUUGGCCAGCCUGACACCAUUGAACCUUGACCUCUUGGACUUAAAUUUCUCCUACUUCAGGGCUGAAUAGCAACAUUUUUGUAGACCAGCUGGCAGUUAAGUUGGAGGAAUACCGUACACUCAGACAGCUGUCAUUGUGAGCAGGGUAAUCCUAUUGUUUGGGAUUUGUUUUACUUUAAACAGAGAAUUAAGACAAUCUCUCCUGGAUAUAGUCAAGUCACCAUUAUCCACGCACAAUUUUCAUGACUUUUUAUGUUACUAUAAGAUACGGACGAUGCAGUCAUCGAUUUCCAAAUUAUUGAAAUAAUUGUCUACAUUAUCUGUACAACAUAAGUUGUUUUUUUUCAGUAGCCGUUUCCUUCCACAAUUCACCCAGCAGAAAGGGCCUGGAAUUCAAACUGAAAGUUUCUAGCUGCUGCUGACCUGUAGGCAUUCUUGUUAACAGUGCCAUACCUUCAUGAUAUUUUAAGCAACAAAUAUCCCAUCUCCUUCACCUAGCAUGUCUGGGGCCUCUGCCCCCUUCAGACCAGUGUUUAGUGACUUUGGACCACCUUCAAUGGGAUAUGUCCAGCAAGCUAUGAAACCGCCUGGAUCUCAGGGUUCACAGAAUACAUACUCAGACCUGCUGUCUGUUAUUGAAGAAAUGGGGAAGGAGAUCCGUCCAACAUAUGCUGGCAGUAAGAGUGCUAUGGAGAGACUAAAGCGAGGAAUUAUUCAUGCCAGAGCACUAGUGAGGGAAUGCCUCGCUGAAACAGAACGCAAUGCUCGAACAUAACAUAAGAAAACUAUCAGCAAACAAAAUCCAGACAAAUGCAGUACCUGUAAAAAGAAGUCAGGAUAAUCACCUGGAGAAAAGGAGAGCAGGGUGCUUCUCCUUCACUAUCUAUCAUUUUAAUUUCCCUUUUUCAUAAAAAAAAUAGUUGUUUCUACCUUUUUUUUAUGAGGUCAUUUGAUGAUACCAUUCUUUGACAGAAGACAUCAGUAACUAUAAAAAAAAAACUUGGAAAAUAGCCUAUAAAAACAGUGGAAACCAAGCCAUAUUGCCAUGGAAGAAGGAAUUCCUUCAUGUGAAUUGCGAAGUGCAAACAAGAUGAGAAAUGCUAACUAAUCCAGUAGUUCUAGUUACGUGCUUGUCUUUUUCCAUUCAGAUAUUUAUAGUGGUAUUAAGUUAUGUUGACCAUUAAAGCAGUAAGGUACAACAGGGUGAAAAUUAUUUGGUGAUAAGCUUCAGAAGUAAGAUAUAAGGAGAAAGAAUCAGAAUGCUUUGUACAUUCAAGUGCCACUGUCCUAUUAAACACACGCACACACCCUGGAGUACACUUUGUUGCAUUUAUAAAAUGGCUCCUCUGUUUUAAUUAUUUCUUUUUUGUGUGGUUUUAUGCUGAAAUAAAACAACCAUUUGAUUAAAUCUGUA